GCAAACCACACAUGCAACAGCCAACAGCCAAUCGUUCUCUCAGCUCCUGGGAUGGCUUCUUCUUGGGCGUCAUUCUUUGGUAGAUAAGAGAAUCGAAUUCUUCUGCAGUGCUCCCUUUCUGACCUCUCUCUCUCUCUCUCUCCAAGUUUUCUUGAACAUGGUGACUAUCACCUUGAAUCCAACGACCUCCUUGAGAUUAUCAGUCCCACCCGUGCGUAUAACACCCUCGGCAUUCAACUUGCAGACGAGUUGGUUUAUUAGAUCGCCAUCUUCGAGGAGGCUCUUGUUUAGGUCUCGGAGUUGGGGGAAGCUAGGGCUUCGCGGGGUCUCCUCGGUCCCAAGAUUCGUGAUAAGCUGUGGUCCUACAGAGAUUAAUCAGAGCCAGUUCUCGGAGACGGUACUGACGUCUGAUCUUCCCGUUCUUGUCGAAUUUGUUGCAGAUUGGUGUGGGCCAUGCAAGUUAAUUUCCCCUGCAAUUGAUUGGGUUUCACAGGAAUAUGAAGGCAGAUUAAAGGUUGUAAAGAUUGAUCAUGACUCAAACCCAGAGCUGAUUGAACAAUACAAGGUUUAUGGGUUGCCAACUUUGAUUCUAUUCAAGAAUGGGCAAGAAGUCCCAGAGAGUCGGAGGGAAGGUGCAAUAACAAAAGUGAAGCUGAAAGUGUACCUUGAUGCUCUAUUGGAGUCUGUGUCGGUGACAUAGCCAUCUUUCAGAUGAAACCUCAGCAACCAAUAUCAACAGCAUUGAAAAAAAAAUUGUUAGUUGUUGUACCUCUACCUAUUUCUUUUUUCUUUAGCAAUCAACCACUGUAACAAUCUGUAAUUCAUAGAUCAUUUUGUUUAUCCUAAGCUGCGGAAAUGGAAAAUUGUCAUGGAUUAUACUUGAGCUAUGAGGCCUAUAUCACCUCAGUGAUUUUGUUCAAUGUGAUGUUAGUGCCCAACUGAUAACCUCAGAAUGAUGUAUAAGAACAUGAAAUACAAGCUUGAUUAUUUC